AUGACGUGCGCUCGUUACACAUCGCUUUCUUCUGAAAGUGAUGUUCCCGAGACGAGUCUGGAAUUCGAGAAGCAGAUUACACUAGGCGAUGCACCGCACACCACCCCCAGCCGGUUGAAAGCCAAAACGCGUAUCCUCCGAGCGUCCGAUGUCCUGUUGUCUUUGGUUGGGAAACCCACGAGUGAUACGCGACAGGCAUCAGCCGGCAUAGAGAACUUCCAGGAAGUCGUCCGUCUAUUCCCGCCGUUUCGAGAUGAUGAUGCGGCCACCUUUGGGGCAGUCGACGUCAAAUGUCCCGAUUGUGAUGCUGUCUUUUCUUCUCCGACCGAACUCAAACAGCACUAUCUCACUCGCUUCUGCCCCGGCGCUGCCGUCGCCGUAUACGUGAUGACACGGGAUCGAUAUGAACCCGUCUUAAAUGAUCCCCGUGACGACGCUAGUUUCCGAGAUGUUCAGAGAGAUCUGGCAAACAUCAGUCACAGUCGAAGCUCCAGUCUUGCUUCUCCGAGGAACCCUUUGGGUUCCAAGUUCCCCACGAGCAUAGGAUUCGGUGGUGAGCAGCAGUCAUUUGCGCAGCGGGCUAGGAAAUUUCGGGAUUCGUGGUCUCUCAGGAAAUUUUCGCAAAGUGACGAAGAUGAACUAGUAGCUAUCAGUUUUGCUGGGUUAUAUGAUCUAGAGAGAGUGCACGCUCCUAACGGCGUGUACCAACAGUUUGAGGGCAGUUCGACGGGCCCGACUCAUGAACAGUCGGUGGCGAGCUUCACGUCGAGCGCAAACGGCAUGCCGUUCAUAGACUGCAAGGGGGACAGUUUGGCCCUUUGUGCCGAGGAUGAACAUUACAGAAGUAAUUUGCAGGCCAGCUCGGAUGGGGCACUGAUAGAUGAAAAUGACAGCUCUCGAAGUACCCCCGUAUCACCUCGGAGGCAAUCCUUCCUCCAGAAGAUUUUCGGUCGAAAGACGCCCAAAGGGUUAUCACGCUCACGAUCUACGGUAAAUCGGGGCAAGAAACUGAUCAAACGAGCAAAUACCAUACGAUUCUCGCUAGUCGCCAAAUACUCCAGAAGUGAAAGCAGAGCAGCCACUCGGGAAAGUGUCCGAAUAUCAGAGGAGACACAGCCAGUCAAUUCAUCAGAGCCGGGGCAGGAUCCAAACUCUCCUGCGGUUUGCGACACCGAGUACAUUAUGCUACUACGGGGCAGUCAGAAUAUUUUCAUCCACAUGCAAUACAUCUCAGGGGGGGCGGUGGUCCACGAUGCGUCCGGACGUCAGCGGGUUCUUCAAAUGGACGAGGUGGCUCAGCUUUACCUCCAGCUAAAGGAUGAGAUGUCGGCUGCUACAGUCUGGUCCCGAACACUGACAACCAGAUUGCGAGCUGAGGCGGCGCUGAACCAGGGAAACUACAAGGCAGCCGUUGUUGAAUAUCGUGAUGCCUUGAAAACGCUUGAAGGAACCCCGGCGCUGGAUGUUGACAAGUUGUCACGGGCUGCCAUGCUGCAUUCGCUGGGCCAGGCAUAUUGCAACCUGGACAUGACGACCGAGUCCGAGGCAUGUUACUUAGAAUCUCUGGGAUUGUACAAGCGUACUCUAGGGAGGGAUAACCAGAAGAACUAUGCCGUGCUUCACAACCUCGGGGCUCUCUGCGAGAGGGAUGGGUAUGCCACCGAGGCGGCCGCAUUAUAUGAGCGUUCUUUCGCCGGGCGAUUGAAGACCCUCGGUACCAAUGCCCCCGAGACACUCAAUAGCAUGCAGGAUCUUGCUUCUCUAAAAGUUCUACUGGGGGAUCUGAAGUCAGCCCUGCUUCUCCUGGAGAAAGCGGUUCCGGCUCUCGACACCGUAUUUGGACUGCAGAACGCAACGACGCUGAAUGCGAUGAACCAAUUGUCCCUGCUUUACCAGAAACUCGGUCUAGAUAAAGAAUCCCGAACCGUCUGCGCGCGAAUCAUCCCUCCUUGCAGAGCCGUAUUCGGCAUCACCAGUCCCAUCACCAGAGACGUCGUCGUGCGCUAUCUGCAAAGCUUAGAGAACUUCGACUUUCCCGCUGACAUCAAGGACGUCCUGGACCAGUAUCAUCGGUCUCGCGAUCCGGACGCUCUCCGCGUCAUCCAUCGUUUGGGUCGGUCGUACAUGGAUGCGGGCCUCAACCGAGACGCAGCAGACCUGUUCGAAGCCUUGGUGGAGGACUUCCUGGCCGUCCGGGGCCCCGAAGCCCCGGAGACCUUCGAUGCCCUCAGCGCCCUGUGUGUGUCCCGGGAACACCUCGAUUCCGUGGACAAGGCGAUCCUGGCCUAUAAACAGCUGGUGCACAUGGCGAGCAGAACGCCCGAAAACCAUCACUCACGCAAGAGGAUCGCAUAUGCAGAGAAGCGCAUCUCGGAACUGAAUCGUCGACGAGACAUCCUCGCGGGCGAGAGAAAGGAUUGGGAUGCUGCAUGA